CAACCGUCAUAGAAGACUGUCUUUCCGUGCGCAUGCGUACACCGGUGCAUCGAAUCAGCGGUGACUUGCUAGGUUCUAGCGUAGCGUUCAGUCAAUAUAGACUCGUGCUUUUAGCCGACUGUCGUACACAGUUAUUGUUUAAACCGUGAGUCGUUUAUACCGACCGGGACUAACGUGACCGAGGCGUGAAGGAACAUGCCCAAAAAUAAAGGAAAAGGAGGAAAGAAUCGGCGACGUGGAAAGAAUGAGAAUGAGUCCGAGAAGAGAGAGCUGGUGUUCAAAGAGGAUGGACAGGAAUAUGCUCAGGUGAUUAAAAUGCUGGGGAACGGACGUCUGGAGGCUAUGUGCUUUGAUGGAACCAAGCGGCUUUGCCAUAUCAGAGGAAAACUCCGGAAAAAGGUUUGGAUUAACACGUCGGACAUCAUCCUGGUCGGACUGAGAGAUUACCAGGACAACAAAGCUGACGUCAUCCUAAAGUACAACGCAGACGAGGCUCGCAGUUUGAAGGCGUACGGAGAGCUGCCGGAGCACGCCAAAAUCAACGAGACGGACACCUUCGGGCCCGGAGAUGACGACGAGAUCCAGUUUGAUGACAUUGGCGACGACGACGAGGACAUUGAUGAUAUCUGAAGACCUGCUGCUUGAGGGGGAAGGUGGGAUUUUACUAGAGAUGCUCCAAUUGGAAUAUUUUGAGCCAAUACACCGCACCGAUUUUUGAUUUUUGUUUAGUUUUUUGUUUUUUUAGUAAGAUCAGCCUAUGCCAAUCCAACACAGUUUAUUAAUAUACAGUAUAUUUCAAUUCCAGUUCACGUCUUUGUUUGUUUUUUGAGAACUUUAAGUGCAUUUUACGUAGUGGGGGAAAAAAACAACACCAGUACUUUAUAGUUUAUUGUUGAUAUGAAUGAAUAUGAGAUGCUGCUUUAGUACGACUGUCUUGAGUUAUCACGUAGCGACUGGCGCUGCUGCAGCAGGGCGAUGCAGCAUCGUCGCCUGGGGACUGAAUGAUGACGCAGACCGUUUGCUUCCUCUGCCUUCAUGCGUUGGAUUGGAGAAUUUAGGCUGAUCACCAGCAUCAUAUUUAGGGUGAACAUCCAAAGCAUUGCUAGAUUCUCACAUUUUCUGUUUUGAGCAUCAACGAAAGUUUGUCUUUCUUUUUUUUUCUUUUUUUUAUCCUGUAUUGUCUGAAAACACUUCAUACUUAGAGGAGGCUCACGCCGAUACCACGACUGCAGAACAUCUGGCACUAAAGGCGUCAUCUUUUUAAAAACUUGUAUUUAUAUAUCGAUUUCACACUAUGUGGAAUUUAGCAGCAAGUACCGAAUCUCUGGAUUCGUCAAUAAAAAAUAAAAACCAUUUUGUGUUUUCCUUUGGGCAGUCUGUAUCGUUGUUGCCUGGGAGACAGUUUACACAGUUUUAGGGCAGUUUGAUAGCUGUUUAUAAAAGACAAAAGAAAGAAAACACAUGCGUGCGGCUCUGUAUCUCUUUGUUUACGACAUAUUCCACUUACAUCGUAUUAAAAUGAACUGUAUGCUCGUUUUGGAUUGAACCAUGUGGCCUGAAUGAAGGCAAUCUUUCUUUCUCUCUCUCCUCUUGAAUUUAAAAAGAAGAAUCAAAAUGUAUUUUUCUAUUGUUUCCCUUAUUUCAGUUUUCUGUGCGUUUGUUUUGGACUCUUUGCUGCUCGCUCGCUCGCUCUGUGGCUGCAACGCACGUCGCGGCGUCUCUAGACCGGCGGUUCCCAAACCUUUCCUCCGCCAACGCAACCUCCGUCGCU